AGGACAUGUUAGAACCCUGACGUCCUGUCCACGAGAGAAAUCAUGCCCCCGCGAUAUGCCCAGAGACCUCGCCAACUCGCACCGCCAGCCGCCUCAUACCAGCCCACCAUCGCAGACGUUCUUCAAGUCAAAGAAUUUCUCGGCUGUCCGCCUAUCUCAUUCCCUGUCGAGCUGAUCGACGUUCUCCUCGACGAUGCGGAUUAUUGGCCGCACAGCACCUUCGUAAUCGACCGGAGCGAAAGUGUUGGAUUAAACAUAUCAGACAAGAUCUGGGCCCGCACGCCGACAUUAGUAGAUUUGUGCUGCGAGGGAGAGGUCUUCGAGGGAGACGACGAAGACCCAGGUAUACAAAGCGACGAAGACCUGGGAAUACAAAGUGACGUGACGCGGCAGCUCGGAGCCCUGUCACUCGAGCACGAUCCGCCCGGUCCCCCAAGCGGAACAAGUAUUAGCAACUCCUCAUCGCAUGAAACCGGAAGAGUUACAGCCAGCCCACGGGGCUCACAUCCCUGCCGCAAGAUCGUGUUCGAGCUCUGGAGCCACGACCAAGGCUACUCGCACGACACCCACCUCUACGGCACAUACGACCACACCUGGACGUGGUUCGAAGUCAGCGUCGAGCAUUCCGGAGAAGGAUAUGGCGGAGCCCGCGCGGCGGAGGGAAAACACCCACUUCAUCCUCGGCCGGGACAUCUACAGCGAAACGUGCACGCCAAGUCGGAAGAUACGCACCAUGUCGUCGCGUGGCAUUGGCGCGAUAGGAUCAUGAAGGGAUCGGCGAAGGCACAAGAGCUGGGGAUGCGUGGGAGGGGGUGGAGGUCCGGGGACGGAGUGAUUGUGAGAGAUUUUAAAAAAGGAGAUCGGCUUGUGCUGUGGAUGCAUGCGCGGUUUCCUGGGUGGAUCGGGUUUUGGACCGUAGAGGGGUAUAUGGUGACGUACCAAGUUGAACAAGUACAUCAGGAUGAUGUGCGAGGAGAUUAUGAGAUCAUGAUUCGAACUCUGCUGAGGCUGCUCAAAAUCUUCCCAGAUCUUCCUCCGCCACACCAGUUCAAGGAUAACGCAUCAGGGAAGAAGAUGCAAACCGAGUCGCGGGCUGGCUCGAAGUUCGAACGUGCUGCUGUCCAGCUCAACAUUCGGAUGUGA